AUGGAGCUAAGCUUCAAAGCUCCCCCCAUUGAUGCUGCCACAGCCAUUAGUGGGAACGAGACGGAUCAUCUUGCUUUGUUGAAAUUCAAGGCAAAGAUUGUGCAUGACCCUCAAAAUGCCACGAGUUCAUGGAAUAAUUCUGCCCAUUUCUGCAACUGGGAAGGAGUCAUAUGUGGCAGAAAACACCAAAGAGUCACCUUGUUGGAACUUAAUUCCAAAGACUGGGUCGGUACUUUGUCUCCUUAUAUGGGAAACAUGAGUUUCCUUAGGGAGAUUAGCCUAUACAACAACAGCUUACAAGGUGACAUCCCUUCUGAACUAGGCCGUUUGUUCAGGCUGCGAGUUUUAAAUCUUAAAAACAACUCUUUUGAAGGGAAAAUCCCAUCCAACUUACAUGAUUGGCCUUGGAUCAGCGUACAACAAGCUGGUUGGAAAUAUCCCAGUGAAGCUUGCCGCUUUGUCCAAGAUUCCAAGGGUCAACUCAAGCACUUGUCAAUUAUUGCACUUGGUAGCAAUAAUCUCUCAGGUAUAAUCCCUCCAGCCAUUUAUAAUAUUUCCUCCAUCACUAUAUUUAGUAUGUAUGAUAAUUCGCUUCAUGGAAGUCUUCCAUCAAACAUUGGCCACCUCCUACCUUAUUUGCAGAGAAUGCAAAUUUGGGGAAACCAUUUUAGUGGAUCCAUUCCAGUGUCAUUAUCCAAUGCCUUUAAACUGGAAUACAUUUCUCUACAACAGAAUAAUUUCACAGGAAAUUUAGAUGUUGACUUUGGAGGACUACAAAGCGUUGGUGAGCUAUAUUUGUUCAGUAAUCAUCUUGAAAGCAGCGGAGAUAACUAUUUGGAUUUUAUCAUUUCUUUGCUAAAUUGUAGCAAUUUGAAAUUUCUUGAUACAUCUUACAAUCAGUUUAAGGGAGCGUUGCCAAAAUGUGUGGCCAAUAACAUAUCUUCACCAGUGGAAUGGAGUACAAUCAAAUUGGUGGAUGCAUCCCUCCAUGGUUAUCAAUGCUUGUUGGCUUAUCGCAUCUGGAUAUAG